AUGGGUGCCACGCCAUCACAACCCGUGCCCGACUUUAGCGAGAAACGCAAAGUUCAAGCGGCAAUGGCUGCUCAGGCGAAGGAGCUAGCAGAUAAUCUUGCAUCUUUGGACUUGAAUGCAGUCGCAACUAGCAGAAAUGGAGCCUUGGAAGGUGCGUUGUUGGAUGACUGGGAAUAUGCAGCCUCCAAGGAUCCUGUGACAUCCAUCUCGAGGACUGUAUUGUCUCAUACAGAUAUCAAUGCAUCGCUCCUCCGACGCCCACCAGUCGUUGCAGAUACAUUCAUCUUCAACGUCUCCCUGCCAUAUAUCCCAAGACCUAUCACAAACCAACGUUCAAGCGGGCGCUGCUGGCUCUUCUCCUCGACCAAUGUCCUCCGGUACACCAUCGCGCAACACCCGUCCGUCGGCUUGGCGGAGGAUGCGGAAUUCCAGCUCAGUCAGAGCUAUCUCUUCUUCUACGACAAGCUAGAGAAGUCGAACUACUACUUGGAGAACAGCAUUGAGCUCGCUGACAAGCCACUCGACGACCGGCUUGUGCAGUAUCUCAGCAUGGCUCCACUCAACGAUGGAGGACAAUGGGACAUGGUGGUGAACCUAUUCGAGAGAUACGGUGUCGUACCGCAGCCUAUCUACCCGGAGUCAUUCUCCUCGUCCAAUUCUGGCAGAAUGGACUCGCUCCUUACAACCAAGGUGCGAGAGCACGCCUUGCGUCUACGAAAGCUCGACCAAGCGCUGCGAAACUCGGAAUGGCAUGUCGACCUCAUCAACAAGGGCCAAGAGGAGAGAGCGGCAGAGGCGCGCGUCGGCAUCUUGAGGAAGAAGAAGGAAGACUUUUUGCGCGAGAUUUACAAUAUCCUCGCCAUCUGCCUCGGUGUUCCACCAUCCCCCAAAGAAAAGUUUACGUGGGAGUACUAUGAUAAAGACAAGAAGGCUCGCAGCUGGACGGGCACGCCAAUCGAGUUUUACAAGACAUUCGCGGAAACGCCGAAGAAUAAGCACACUGAAGCGUUCAGCUUGAUCAACGACCCAAGGAACGAGUAUGAUACACUCUACACGGUGGACCGACUCGGUAAUGUUUGGGGCGGAAAGCCAAUCCGGUACGUCAACACGACGAGCAAACGCAUGAAGGAAGUGGUGGUACAGUGCAUCAAAGCUAACCACCCCGUGUUCUUCGGAUGUGAUGUCGGCAAGUUCUCCAACUCUCAGCUCGGUAUCAUGGAUGCGGAGAUGUACGACUACGAGAGGGCCUUUGGCAUCACAUUAGGCAUGUCGAAGGCCGAACGUCUUCAAUCUUCCGAGUCGUCUAUGACACAUGCAAUGGUCAUAACAGCCGUGCAUGUUGACGACGAAGGGAAUACAGUGCGCUUCAAGGUGGAGAAUAGCUGGGGAGACGCGCUGGGUGACCAUGGCUUCUUCGUCAUGACCGACAAGUGGUUCGACGAAUUUGUUUACCAAGUUGUUGUUCCACGCAAUAUUGCGCCGAAGGAUCUAGUCGCCAUUUUGGAGAAGGGGAAUGCAAGGGUACUCCCCGCAUGGGAUCCCAUGGGCACACUCGCAUGA